AUGAUUGUGCCCGAGGGUAUAUUCAUCGGGAGUAACAGACAGACCCAGGUUAGUGAUUACUCUUCCAAGCACGAAAUUCUGGCUUUUGGAGCUGGAAAAACCGUUGCUCUUUGGAAACCUUUGGAUUCAAGCAAUCAUGGCGUCCACAGGACACUGAAGGGCCACAAUGCAGAGGUCACUUGUGUCAGAUUUGUUCCCUCUACAAACUUGUUGAUUUCUGCGUCCGAGGAUUUUCAAAUAAAGAUCUGGCAGCUGUGCAUUAGCACUCAGGACAACGUCAGCAUCACUUUCAAGUGCAUCCAGACAUUGGACCACCAUAAACACACAAUCACUGCCAUUUCAGUGCUAGAGAGCAUGUUUGUUGUGGGCUGUGCCGACGGCUCUGUUUCAAUAUGGAGUCUGGUCGAUGAACAGGCCCAAUUGAUGCAUGCUUUCGAGCCCAAAAAAAACACAUUUCCGUUGUGUUUGGCUUUGAAAGAAGUCCACGAAAACAAGAUCAUGCUGGCAAUUGGUGGGACAAAUCCAAAUGUCUUUGUUUUCUCGUUUGUGUGGGAUAAAACAACGCUAGAAUUAUCUGCCUUCCAACAGGCAGCUGUCUUGGAAGGCCAUGAAGACUGGAUCAAAGCCAUGGAUUUUCACCAGGAAUCUCCAGGCAAUCUUAUUUUGGCUACAGGCUCUCAAGAUCGCUAUAUCAGGCUGUGGAGGAUACGAGUCAACGAACUAAUUGACAACACAGACGAGGACGAACACCAACUAAAACUUCUAAGCAACAAACAGAGCAAGUUCUCGAUUGGCUCGGAUUUUAGAGUUGCCAUCAGCUUCGAGGCCUUGAUAAUUGGCCACGAUGACUGGAUUUCAAGUUUGCAGUGGCAUCAAGAUGAACUUCGUCUUCUAGCAUCAACCGCAGACACAGCAGUUAUGGUUUGGGAACCAGAUGAAGACUCUGGAGUCUGGGUUUGUACUUCCAGGUUGGGUGAACUAUCGUCCAAGGGUGCGUCAACUGCGACUGGCUCCGCAGGGGGCUUUUGGUCUUGCAACUGGCUAAUCAAAGAUGGUAGAGACCGUGUCUUGACCAAUGGUAAGACCGGGUCAUGGAGAAUGUGGGAAUCCGGCGAAUCAGGCAUAUGGGAUCAACAUUUGGCUCCCACUGGACCUGUGAAAUCAGUCACAGAUGUUGCCUGGGCUCCUAACGGUCGUUACCUGUUGCUAACAUCUCUCGAUCAGACAACAAGACUGGUUUCGAAAUGCACUGCUAAACAAGCAAAAAGUUCAGGCUCUUGGUUUGAGUUUUCAAGGCCGCAGAUCCAUGGAUAUGAUAUGAUGUGUGUGGAACCGCUUUCAAACAGCCGCUUUGUGAGUGGUGCUGAUGAAAAGAUCUUGAGAUCGUUCGAGGAACCUAAAGGUGUUGCUCAAAUUUUGCAAAGAUUCUCUGGCAUCCAAGUUGAAAACGAAAGCAGCAUGCCAGAAUCAGCAUCAUUGCCAGCUCUCGGUUUAUCGAGUAAGGCUACUGCGGAUGCUGACUUUGAUGAAGGAGAUGACCCAGACGUGAGGGAGUCUAGCGAAACGAAAAACAUUUCCUUUGACCUCAUCGUAUCUUCAACAGAGCCACCGAUUGAGGAUCAACUGCAAAGGCAUACCUUAUGGCCCGAGAUCGAAAAACUUUACGGACACGGUUACGAGAUGUCUAGUCUGGAUGUAAGCUCAGAUUCAAGAAUAAUAGCCUCCGCUUGUAAGUCCAAUACUACACAACACGCUGUGAUUCGGUUUUUCGAUGUCGAAACAUGGUUGCAACUGAAGCCAGCAGAGCUCUUUCACAAUUUGACUAUUACCAGACUGCGAUUCUCGAAGAACAAUACACAUUUGCUGAGUGUUAGCCGUGACAGACAAUGGGCCGUUUGGGAAAGGAAUCUGGCUACAAAUGAAUUCAGUUUGGUCUAUAAAAAUGAAAAGGCGCACACAAGGAUCAUUUGGGACUGUGAAUGGGCACCAGUGGAGUUUGGUGAGCUUUUCGUCACAGCUUCAAGAGAUAAAAGUGUCAAAGCCUGGCGCUUCUCACCUGAUGUGAAAGACUACGUUCAGAUAUCUUCAAUCAAGUUUUCUGAGCCCGUAACGGCCCUUGCGAUAUACCCUGAGCUCGUUGGCGGUAAGCUUCUGUUGGCUAUAGGGUUGGAAAAUGGUUCGAUUCAUCUAUAUGUUUACAGCGAAGAAUUCAGCAAAAUCGUCGAACUCGAUGAUGAAAUCACGGCUGCUGAUAGAAUCAACAGGUUAAGGUGGUCUUCUUUCCACGGUGACGGUUUGUGCACCUUAGCAGCAGCCAGUGCAGAUCAUUCGGCUCGUGUCUAUUCUGUUAAGCUAGAGUUGAUAGAGGAAACGUUUGAGCAGUAA